AUGAAAGACAAAACAAAGACAAAAAAUGAUGAGAUGAGGAGGCCAGGCACUGGAGGAGGGCCCCGGGUGAAAGAGUUCACCAUUCCGGAGGGGAUUCUCCUUCAGCAUUUUGGGGAUUCCGCCUCUGUGGCAGGGGUCCCCAAUGCAAUUGACACUGAUGCUCCAGAGGGUGCUUCAAUCAACAUAAUUGAACUGGGCAAGAUGCCAAUAGAUGGUAGCACUUGCAUGACGUUCAAGAUAGAUGAAAGAGGACUAGGAGCUCAGAAGACGUCAAGUGUAUUCCAACGUGCAGUGGAAGAUGAAGCUGGGACAUACGCCUAG